AUGGUGAAUGUUUCAGGUGAAAUUAAAACAUUACUUCGUCAGUUACUAAGUGGUGUUGCGCAUAUGCAUGAUCAAUGGAUAUUGCAUCGUGAUUUGAAAAGCUCAAAUCUUCUUUUAUCCCACAAAGGCAUUUUAAAGUUUUUCUUCAAUUUUUUCUUUGAAAAAAAUACUGAGCAUACGCUAUGCACAUGUGUUCAUGGGCGUGUUGUUCACCGCCCUGCAUUACGUAGUAGGAUGGCAUAUUGA